AGUGGGUUUGUUUUGUUUUCCUUAUAGCUUUUGUGGGUUCUGUUUUUAGUCGGUGUUCCGUGCAAGUUUUGACUUUUUGUUGUUUUCUUGGUGAGAAAACAAUCCAGGAAACAUAAUGUGUUGCUUUUUUUUUUUUAAUUAGGUUGUGCAUUUACUUCUAUCAUGGGUGUUUUGCGUUGGGUUUUUUGUGUAAAUCCUGGUCCGUUGAAGGAAAGAAUUAAAGUUCAGUUAGUAGUGGCAUAUUAAUCAGGGGUUUUAGGGCAGACUCAUUAAAAGUGGGUUGUUUAUUGUUGUGAAGGGGUUCCAGAAGCCGGAAGUUAUACCAAAAACGGAUGUUAUGGUUUGUGUUGCUGGGGUUUCCGUUUGACGUACGUGUCAAUGUGUUUUUAUGUUGUUGGUUUUACUGGGUUCGAGUUCGUAGAGCUGAUGAAUUUUAUAGCCAGGACACCCUCAUCAUUUGCGACUGCCUGUUUAUUGUUUGACUGUGCUGACUUGGUCUGAUAAUUUCUCACAUUACUGUCUCAAAUUGAUGCCAAGUAUUUUAGGAAAAUGUUAAUGGUAUUGAUGCAUUAGCGGUUCAAAUAGAGAAAAUAAUACAUCUUCGUUUCUUCAUAGUUUAUACAUGUAGGGGUAAUCAAUGUCUAAGCAAUUUUGCUACAGGCUCUUGAGGUUGUUUCUAACUCUUCGAUGCAAAAUGCUGGUUCUCCAGACACCUGGUUUUCGGGAUUGCAAAGCAGCUCACGAACUUCGAUCACAAUCGAAGCUCGUGAUGGAUUUAUACAACCAGAUGACCACAGCGGCGGGGCUUGGGAAGAAUGCGGGAGGGAGACAAUUACCAGAUAGAUGCCGGGAUGGGGGAAAACAACAGCCCUCGCAUAUAUCUGCAGAAACAUUCACCUCGCGGAUGAAGUUAGAUGAUGGCCUGAAGAUCCGAGGAAGCUAUGUUGUCGGCGGGUCAGUUUAUGGUUGGAAAUUCAUUACAUGGGCAGGUAGUAGACCAAAUUAUUACGGGGUGACAAAGGAAUCGCGCAGAAAUACCCACAAGAAGCCAGCAGUUGGUGGUUCCCAUUGCAACUAGGGCACUAAGUAACAGUAGAAAGAAAAUUUUGAUGAGAGAAGCCACCAUUAUUGAUGUUAGUGCAACAUAUACACAGAGCAGACCCGUUUAUUUUGCUAAUUGAGAUAGGUAGAAACAGGUCUUUAGCGUUCGUAUUUUGAUGACAUUGUUACUGAGACUUGCUGAGUUUCAUGCUCUUGCAGAAAUACGGGAGCGAAAUAUUCUUUAAACAAUUUUAUAUUUAGGCUUCUAUUGCCAAUCACCGUAAAGCCUGGCUUUGUUUUAAUACCAAGAUAUGCACCUCAUUUUUCCAUUA